AUGGAAUCCUUGGUCAGAGCGGACACGGAUGGGCUCCUCAAACAAAGCGGUGACCAGGUCACCGAGAGGGAGAUCUUCAUCCCAGCCCGUGACGGUUCAUCAGUCCGGGCACUUGUGUACCGAUCAACGAGUGCCCCCCAGUCAGACCUACCCCUUGUCGUUCCUCUCCAUGAUGGUGGCUUCUGCUAUGGAAUCGAGGAAAUGAAGGCGGCUGGGCACAUCGGUGCAGCGCAUGCCUAUGACUGUGUCUCGAUAGACCUCGAGUACAGGCUGGGACCGGGGGUCAAGUUCCCGACUCCCUGGGAAGAUUGCUGGGAUGCUUUGAAAUGGCUUUCCUCUAACGCCUCGUCUGUUGGAGCUAAUCCAGCGAGAGGCUUCGUUCUGGGAGGAUUCUGCGUAAGCGUCUUGUUCUCCUUUGUCAGCCCCUUUAUCCAGGACAAGGGCUUUGGCGGCCUUGAAAGUCGCAUCGGGUUCCUCUACUGGGCAAUCUCUCUUACCGCUGCGGCGUGGUCAUUAUUCCUGCCAGAGAUAGGCUUUCGAAGCCUCGAGGAGUUGGACGAGCUAUUCCAGAAGUCGGUUUCUGUGUGGAAGUUCCGCAAGUGCCAGACUAAUGAGUAUGGUGCUCACCUGCAUGUUAUUGAGGUGGACUGCGAUGAUGGUGAGAGCAAGCAGGCAGACUUGGAAGAAGGCUAUCGAUAA